AGUCCGAGCCUCAGAACCGUCUCUGGUGGCGGAGUGUCUGGUCCGGUUCAGUGCCCGACAACUCGCAAGACACACGGAGACAUGGUGAAGAUAUCGUUUCAGACUGUAUCGGCGCAGAAGCUCGACAAGCAGAGCGAUGAGGACAAAGACCACACGACCGAGCCCUACCCUCACGAGGAGCUGGCCCUCCCUGUCAGGCCUAAGAAAUCUCCUGUAAGCAGCCUGUGCUACCUGGUGUUGGGUCUGGUGAUCUUUAUGUCGGGACUCAUCAUGGUGUCCGUCUACGUGUAUCGCUACCACUACACCCCACAGGUCCCGGAGGACAGCCUCUUCCAUUGUCGGGUGAUGUACGAGGACUCUGUGCAUGCUCCGUUGCUAGGGAGACAGGAGCUCCAGGAGAAUGUCGGCAUCUACUUAGAGGACAACUACGAGCAGAUCAGCGUUCCCAUCCCCCGCUUCGGGGGUAGUGACCCUGCUGACAUCAUCCACGACUUUCACAGGGGCCUCACAGCCUAUUACGACAUCGUGCUGGAUAAGUGCUAUAUCACUGAGCUCAACGCCACCAUCGUCAUGCCCCCAAGGAACCUGUGGGAGCUGCUCAUUAAUGUCAAGAGAGGGAUGUAUCUCCCUCAGACCUACAUGGUACAGGAGGAGAUGACUGUAGUUGGACAGGUGAAAAACAUGCGUCAGCUUGGCCCAUUCAUUCACCGUCUGUGUUACGGCAAAGAGACCUACCGGCUGAAACGUCGCAGCCCCCGCCGACGCAUGGAAAAGCGGGAGUCCAGGAGUUGUCAUAGCAUCCGCCACUUCGAGAACACGUUCGUUGUGGAGACGAAGAUCUGUGAACGGGCUUAACUUUGGCCCCGCCCACUUCCCUAACUCGACUGAGCAGAACCCAAGCCCCGCCCCUCUGCGUAUAGCUUUUAUUGCACUUUACAGCGAGUCUCUUGUGUAAAUACUGAGUCAAUGCAUUUUGUCUGUUUUUGUUUUCUUUUCCUGGUACCUCCCAGGCUAAAUGAUAAUGGACUUAGGGUUUAGUUAGAGUAUUGUUCUGUUCUCUCGGUUAAACAUGUUGAUCUCUAUAUACAGGUGAUUGCUUUGGUUUUUUGUUUCCCCUACUGAAUGUGGGGAGGGGACCCGUGACCUACAUGUGAGGGAUUACUCUGAUAAAUGUCAGCGCAUUAGUCUGAUUGGCUACAUGUGAGAGAUUACUGUGAUGUCUUGUUCUAUGGUAUCUGUACCGUCCUGCGGUUGUGUUUUUUUGGUUGUUCAUUAGAGACCUGGCAGGCACUAUGCACUGACUAUUAUUAUUAUUAUUAUUAUUAUUAUUAGUCUUUGUGUGGUGGUUUUUUGUUGUUGUUGUUUUUUUUUGUUUUUUUUUUUGGCUGUAUCAUUUUUGUACUUAUGUCACCCUGUAUUAGUCAUGAAAUCCAGAACUGGAUAAUUUGUCUUAAUGCCAAAAAAGGUAUACCUCAUGUUUUAGAAGUGUAUGAAUUAAUGGCCUCUUAUUUAAUUCUGACAUUGGUUUUUUUGUUUUUUGGUUUUUUUUUCAAUGUGACUUAAGCAAUAUUAGCAUGUAGAGGUUUCUUAUCUUGGAUUUCUUAUUUUAUAUGUUAUAGUGUCUCUUUGAAUUACCUGUGAAUAAAGUUUUUAGAAAAACAGAGACGACUUCCCGCUGUGGGUUCGAGAAGAAUCCAAGCCACGAUUGAACCUUUUGCGUUCUGCUGGUGAGGCUGCAUCAGUACUGUUCACCAUUACAACAACGCUGCACUUCUGUCGUUUGACCUUACCAGUUCAAUAACACAACGAGCACGAAUCCUCCAUACCUUCACGAUCUCGGGCGUGGGACUACAUACGUGUUGUCUGAGUCUUCACUAAAUGUUGUGUCUUUGUGGACCCACUGCUCAGUGAUGGGUCCUAUUGUCUCCUAAUCUCUCCAUAUGUACCACUAAGGCAUUAACUGGGGCCUUUAGUUAUUGGACUGUUCCAUUUUGCAUGGAUUCCCUCAUACAGAUCUACAUCAGUAAGUGGCAUCUCUUUCAGGAACGUACGGGAGUGUUGCACGGUUCAGGGUUGCACAUGAUACAGCUGCUAUUGAAAGAGACUCGGAGAAACACUCCGAGCGCUGAGACGAAUUCUGCUUCCUCUGUGUAAAAUAUCUUUGUCUUGUACUAUGACAUCUGACCAAUAAACUACUGAAAUCCA